AUGAGGAGGAAAGGCCGCGGUCAUCGCGCUGCAGCGAGGCACCCUUCCUCCCCCGGCAGCACCAAGCCCUCCCCCACUCGAGAGACCCUGACCUACGCGCAAGCCCAGAGGAUGGUGGAGAUCGAGAUCGAGGGGCGCCUGCACAGGAUCAGCAUCUUCGACCCCCUGGAGAUCAUCCUGGAGGAUGACCUCACCGCCCAGGAGAUGAGCGAGUGCAACAGCAACAAGGAGAACAGCGAGCGGCCGCCCGUGUGCCUGAGAACUAAGCGGCACAAAAACAACCGGGUCAGGAAGAAGGGCGACGCCCCGCCCAGCGCCCACGGUGCGCCUGCCUCCGCCAGCGCCCUCCCCGAGCCCAAGGUGCGGGUGGUGGAGUACAGCCCCCCGUCGGCGCCGCGGCGGCCCCCCGUGUACUACAAGUUUGUGGAGAAGUCGGCUGAGGAGCUGGACAAGGAGGUGGAGUACGACAUGGACGAGGAGGACUACGCCUGGCUGGAGAUCGUCAACGAGAAGCGCAGGGGCGACUGUGUCUCGGCCGUGUCGCAGAGCGUGUUCGAGUUCCUCAUGGACCGCUUCGAGAAGGCCUCGCACUGCGAGAAGCAGAAGCAGGGGGAGCAGCAGUGCCUGAUCGACGAGGACGCCGUGUGCUGCGUGUGCAUGGACGGCGAGUGCCAGAACAGCAACGCCAUCCUCUUCUGCGACAUGUGCAACCUGGCUGUGCACCAGGAGUGCUACGGCGUGCCCUACAUCCCCGAGGGCCAGUGGCUGUGCCGCCACUGCCUGCAGUCCCGGGCCCGGCCGGCCGACUGCGUGCUCUGCCCCAACAAGGGCGGUGCCUUCAAGAAGACGGACGAUGACCGCUGGGGCCACGUGGUGUGCGCCCUGUGGAUCCCCGAGGUGGGCUUCGCCAACACCGUCUUCAUCGAGCCCAUCGAUGGCGUGCGGAACAUCCCCCCCGCGCGCUGGAAGCUGACGUGCUACCUCUGCAAGCAGAAGGGCGUGGGCGCCUGCAUCCAGUGCCACAAGGCCAACUGCUACACCGCCUUCCACGUGACAUGCGCCCAGCGGGCUGGCCUCUAUAUGAAGAUGGAGCCCGUGAAGGAGCUGGCCGGCGGUGCCGCCACCUUCUCCGUCAGGAAGACCGCUUACUGUGACGUACACACGCCCCCCGGCUGCACCCGCAGGCCUCUGAACAUUUACGGGGACGUGGAGAUGAAGAACGGCGUCUGUCGGAAGGAGAGUUCGGUCAAAGCGGUCAGGUCCACGUCCAAGGUCAGGAAGAAAGCCAAGAAGGCUAAGAAGACGCCCCGGGAGCCCUGCACGGCCCUGCCGCCUGUGUGCGCGCCCUACAUCCCCCCGCAGAGAUUAAAUAGGAUUGCGAAUCAGGUGGCCAUUCAGCGGAAGAAGCAGUUUGUCGAGCGCGCCCACAGCUACUGGCUGCUCAAGCGGCUGUCCAGGAACGGAGCCCCGCUGCUGCGCAGACUCCAGUCCAGCCUGCAGUCCCACAGAAGCUCGCAGCAGAGAGAGAACGAUGAGGAGAUUCAGGCCGCCAAAGAGAAGCUCAAGUACUGGCAGCGGCUGCGGCACGAUCUGGAGCGCGCGCGCCUUCUCAUAGAGCUUCUGCGCAAGCGCGAGAAGCUCAAGCGGGAGCAGGUGAAGGUGGAGCAGAUGGCCUUGGAGCUGCGGCUGACGCCGCUGACCGUGCUGCUGCGCUCCGUGCUGGACCAGCUGCAGGAGAAGGACCCGGCCCGCAUAUUCGCCCAGCCGGUGAGCCUGAAGGAGGUCCCGGAUUAUCUGGAUCACAUCAAACGCCCCAUGGACUUUGCCACGAUGCGGAAGCGGCUGGAAGCACAGGGGUACCGGACACUCAGGGAGCUGGAAGAGGACUUUGACCUCAUCGUGGACAACUGCAUGAAGUACAACGCCAAGGACACGGUGUUCUACCGGGCUGCCGUGCGGCUGCGCGACCAGGGCGGCGUGGUGCUCAGGCAAGCCCGGCGCCAGGCAGACAGCGUCGGCUUCGACGAGGCCUCGGGGAUGCACCUGCCAGAGCGGCCACCCCCGGCCCCCCGGCGGCCUUUCUCCUGGGACGAGGUGGACAGGCUGCUGAGCCCGGCCAGCAGGGCGCACACGGCCCUGGAGGAGCAGCUGCGGGAACUUCUGGACUUGCUGGACCUCACGUGCGCCAUGAAGUCCAGCGGGUCGCGGAGCAAGCGGGCCAAGCUGCUGAAGAGGGAGAUCGCCGCCCUGCGCAGCAAGCUGAGCCAGCAGCACAGCCAGCCCCCAGCCGCGGAGUCAGGUACUGCAGGCCCGGAAGAGGACGGUGCUCCGCGGGGGCAGGAGGCUGCGGAGGAAGGAGAUAAAUCUCCCCCUAAACUUGAACCAUCAGAUGCAUUACCUCUUCCUUCAAACUCGGAGCCUAACUCAGAACCACCAACCCUCAACCCAGUAGAACUCCACCCAGAGCAGAGUAAACUGCCCAAAAGAGUCACAUUUGGUAAUGAGUCACAUAGCACUUGCACUCAGAGCGCGCUGCUAAGCGGACACUCUCCAGAGCCCACCCUCGCCCAUAGUGGCGCUGCGCCGGGGGCGGAGCCAUCGAGCGAUGUAAACAGACGCACCUCUGUUCUCUUCUGCAAAUCGAAAAGUGUAAGCCCCCCAAAGUCUGCCAAGAACACUGAAACCCAGCCAACUUCUCCUCAGCUAGGGACCAAAACCUUUUUGUCUGUAGUCCUUCCGAGGUUGGAGACUCUUCUGCAGCCAAGAAAAAGGUCGCGAAGCACCUGCGGCGACUCUGAGGUGGAGGAGGGGUCCCCGGGAAAGCGCCUGGACACAGGUCUCACCAAUGGCUUUGGGGCCGCGCAGGGAGAGCAGGAGCCGGAGCUGGGUGGUGCCCCGGGGAGGACCGCCGCGCCCCGCCGCCGCUGCGCCUCCGAGUCCAGCAUCUGCUCCAGCAGCAGCCCGCUCUGCGACGCCAGCUUCAGUGCUCCGAAGUGCGGCCGCGGCAAGCCGGCCCUGGUGCGCAGGCACACGCUGGAGGGCCGCAGCGAGCUGAUCUCCUGCAUCGAGAAUGGGAACUAUGCCAAGGCGGCGCGCAUCGCCGCUGAGGUUGGCCAGAAUAGCAUGUGGAUCUCCACCGACGCGGCCGCCUCCGUCCUCGAGCCUCUGAAGGUCGUGUGGGCCAAGUGCAGCGGCUACCCGUCCUACCCGGCCCUGAUCAUCGACCCUAAGAUGCCGCGCGUGCCCGGCCACCACAACGGGGUCACCAUCCCGGCCCCGCCGCUGGACGUGCUGAAGAUCGGGGAGCACAUGCAGACGAAGGCUGACGAGAAACUCUUCCUCGUGCUCUUCUUCGACAACAAGCGGAGCUGGCAGUGGCUUCCAAAGUCCAAGAUGGUCCCUCUGGGUAUCGACGAGACGAUAGACAAGCUGAAGAUGAUGGAGGGCAGGAACUCGAGCAUCCGCAAGGCCGUGCGGGUCGCCUUCGACCGCGCCAUGAGCCACCUGAGCCGCGUGCAUGGGGAGCCGGCCAGCGACCUCAGCGACAUAGACUGA